AUUAUAGGUAAAUUACCGGCAGUGAAAUUCGGUAUCGAACACUGGCCGCUUUUCCUUAGCGGGAAGGACUUGGGCCUCUUCCCUUUGCCGCUUGUCUUUUGCCCGCCAACGCCAACGCCGACGAAUGCCUCACUUCCAUUUGCUUCUCUUCGUCAACUGACCAACAAACUCGUCCUCUUCGCCUCCGACCCUCACAGGCUCCUAAUCAAACCAAUUUUUCAAUACCUCAAUUGGCAACUGGCUUCAGACAAAGACACCCUCUUCCCUCUUUCUUCCGUGCUUCCAAUUUGUAUUGGGGUUUCUUCCACGCCGUCGGAGUUGAGGAUUGUGGACCAUGAGGGGCCUCCAGUUAGGAAGUUUUGCCCAAAGGUUAGGCUGUUUUUGGUGGAGAAGUUAAUUUAGACUCUGUCUCUGGGCUCUGGGUAUCGAUUUCGAACAGUUUAGGUAAUGGCCUUCUCGAUCAUGUCUGAGGAAGAUGAUCCUUAUCCCUCUUGGGAAAAAACGAGAAUGCCUAUUCGUAUUUUCUUCAAGGAUGCCAGACAUGUCUUUAAGUUGGAUGACCUUGGUCGGGAAAUAGCACAGAUUGCUUUGCCUGCCGCACUAGCUUUGGCAGCUGACCCUGUAGCUUCUCUGGUUGACACAGCAUUCAUUGGCCAAAUAGGUCCUGUGGAGCUUGCUGCCGUUGGAGUUGCUAUUGCUUUAUUCAAUCAAGUUUCAAGAAUUGCAAUUUUCCCCCUUGUUAGUGUCACCACAUCUUUUGUUGCUGAGGAAGAUGCUAUUGGAAGUGCUUGUAAUGAAGCAAAGGAUAAUAACGAUAAGGAGACAGGUUUAUUCACAAAUGAGGAAUCAAAAUUGAUGAUCCCACACAAUGGGAAAACUGAAGAGAAUGGAAGAAGAUAUAUCCCAUCGGCCUCUUCGGCUUUGGUUAUCGGCGGUGUUCUUGGUCUCAUACAAGCCAUUUUCUUGAUAUCUGGAGCAAAACCUCUACUAAACUUCAUGGGAGUCAAGUCAGAUUCGCCGAUGAUGACUUCUGCACAACAAUACUUGACACUGCGGUCACUCGGCGCCCCGGCAGUUCUUCUCUCCUUGGCCAUGCAAGGCGUCUUUCGCGGUUUUAAGGACACAAAAACUCCUUUAUUUGCAACUGUGGCAGGAGAUGCAACAAACAUCAUUCUAGACCCAAUAUUCAUAUUCAUUUUUCGUUUAGGUGUCAGUGGUGCAGCCAUUGCACACGUUAUAUCGCAGUACCUAAUAGCACUGAUACUCUUUUGGAGAUUAAUGGGACAAGUUGAUCUCUUACCUCCCAGUAUCAAACAUUUGCAAUUUAGUCGGUUUCUGAAAAAUGGCUUUCUAUUAUUAAUGAGAGUCAUUGCUGUGACGUUCUGCGUGACGCUUGCUGCGUCCCUGGCUGCACGCCAAGGAUCCACAUCAAUGGCUGCAUUUCAGGUCUGCUUGCAGGUCUGGCUGGCGAUGUCUCUACUUGCCGAUGGCUUAGCUGUUGCUGGGCAGACAAUACUAGCAAGUGCAUUUGCCCAAAACGACCAUGAUAAGGCAACGACUGCAGCAUCACGAGUAUUACAGCUGGGAUUGUUGCUGGGAUUGGGGCUUGGAGUCUUCGUUGGAGCCGGGAUGACAUUCGGGGCAAAGUUAUUUACAAGCGACGUCGAUGUCCUCCACCUAAUCGGCAUAGGAACUCCAUUUAUUGCUGCUAUGCAACCAAUCAAUGCCUUGGCAUUUGUUUUUGAUGGCAUCAACUUUGGAGCUUCUGAUUUUGCUUACUCAGCUUACUCCAUGGUUCUGGUGGCUAUUAUCAGCAUUUUCUGUUUGUUCAUUCUCUCCUCAACUCAAGGAUUCAUCGGUAUCUGGGUCGCCUUAACCAUCUACAUGAGCUUACGAACACUAGCCGGAUUCUGGAGGGUCGGCACGGGAACAGGACCUUGGUAUUUCCUCCAAAGCUAGAUUCCAAGUCGUUUGUAGGACAUGGAUAAGCUGUUGGAUGAUGUUUUUUUCUUCCAUUUAUGUCCAUACCUUCAUAUAUAGGGCUGGACUGCAUCAGGACAUUCAGCUUAAAACCUUAAAAAGUUGAAGCUUAGAGACCAUGUACAGAAAAGACAAGAGAAGACAGCAUGUUCUUGAACAAGAAGACAAGAAAACAUAGAAGAUUUGUACGAGUGUACGAGUGUUUUGUAGCUGUAAAUCACAGUGUUCAGUUCAGUGUCAUAAGAUUUUAUGCA